AUGACGACGCCUGCUAUUCGGAUCCCCUUUACGGGACCAUUACCACCUGCGAUUAUAAUUCCUCGAACUGCUACAACAAUAUCAGGGGCAAUUGAUGCUAUUAGCACUUUCUUGACUGCGCCACCGUCCUCCAAUCUCAGAGGCGUCGAUGUGGGGAGAUAUUCCCAGACGGUACUCUUGACUGGUGCAGGUAUCUCCGUCGCGUCCGGCCUGUCAGAUUAUCGAGGCGACCAAGGUACCUACCGGCGAAACAAAUCCUAUCGUCCGAUUUACUACCACGAGUUUGUCUCUCGCCAUGAGUCGCGCAAGCGGUAUUGGGCCCGCAGCUUCAUCGGAUGGCCUGGACUUUUAAAAGCAAAGCCGAAUUCGACUCAUUGGGCAAUUAAAGACCUUGGCGAUAAAGGGUACAUUAGUUCUGUGGUGACACAAAAUGUCGACUCGUUCCAUUCCCUCGCGCAUCCAGAACUGUCCACCCUCGAACUACAUGGAUACUUGCGAUCUGUCGUCUGCACUAGCUGUCAAAACCAACUUCCCCGCACUGAUUUUCAAGCGUCGCUGGAGAAACUCAAUCCAGCUUGGGCGGAGUUUUUGGCUCGUAUGGUCGCAGAGGGUGUGCUCGAUACCGAUAAUCAGGAGGAGCAACGGCGGAAAGGCUUGAAGCUGAACCCAGAUGGUGACGUUGAUCUCCCUGAAGCGCCAUAUUCUACUUUCCGUUAUCCUUCAUGUCCUACCUGCUUGGAGAACCCUCCUAUGUUGAGCGAUGGCACAAAGGCCAACGUAGAGGUAGAGAGCGACGGUGCAUUAUCGGCAACUUCAAAUGCCGGCAUUUUGAAACCAGCAGUGAUCAUGUUUGGAGAGAAUAUUGAUCCAUUGGUGAAGACAGCAGCUGAAGAGGCUAUUGAUGAUGCUGGGCGGCUACUCAUCUUGGGUAGCAGCCUAGCAACCUUCUCGGCGUGGCGCCUAGUCGAACGAGCACACAAACGUGGCAUGCCUAUUGGUGUUGUCAAUGUUGGUGGCGUAAGGAACGAAGCCAUGCUGUUUGAGAAUAUUGAACAUGAACCCGCUGCUCAUCUCGGCGAAGGCACUUAUGCUACCGUCUUUAAAGGGCGCAAUCGCCAAACCGGUGAAAUGGUGGCGUUGAAGGAAAUCCACUUGGAUUCAGAGGAAGGAACACCCUCAACUGCAAUUCGUGAGAUCUCGCUCAUGAAGGAGCUGAAGCAUGAAAGUAUUGUUUCGCUCUACGAUGUCAUCCACACGGAAAAUAAACUCAUGCUCGUUUUUGAGUUCAUGGACAGAGAUUUGAAGAGAUACAUGGACACUCGUGGUGAUCGUGGACAGCUGGAUCCUGCUACGGUCAAAUCCUUCAUGCACCAGCUACUCAAGGGUAUCGCCUUCUGUCAUGACAAUCGAGUCCUUCAUCGCGAUCUGAAGCCACAGAACCUGCUGAUCAACAAGAAGGGACAGCUCAAGCUAGGUGACUUUGGACUAGCUCGUGCUUUCGGCAUCCCAGUUAAUACAUUCUCCAACGAAGUCGUCACUCUGUGGUACCGCGCACCGGACGUCCUCCUUGGGAGUCGCACCUACAACACCAGUAUUGACAUUUGGUCCGCUGGCUGCAUCAUGGCAGAGAUGUACACCGGUCGUCCGCUUUUCCCCGGCACAACCAACGAGGAUCAAUUGAUCAAGAUCUUCCGUCUGAUGGGCACGCCAUCCGAGCGUACAUGGCCCGGAAUCUCGCAGCUUCCAGAAUACAAGUCCGACUUCCAGAUCUACGCCACGCAAGAUCUGUCAUUGAUCAUUCCGCAAAUGGAUGCCGUCGGGAUGGAUCUGUUGAACCGUAUGCUUCAACUCCGUCCAGAGAUGCGCAUCAGCGCCAACGAGGCCCUUCAACACCCGUGGUUCCAUGAUCUGCCUCAAAUCCAGGCCAAAUUGCAACAGCAACACCAGCAGCAGCAGAUGGCUGGAUACGGAGGCAUGAUCCCCCCGCAGCCCGCUUAUUAG